CUCACCAGCCCUAACCGGCUAACCCCCCUCCUCCCUCGCUUUUCCACUCACCGCCGCCGAACAGGCCCGCCCGCCCCCUCUCCGUCGUAGCGAGACGCGCCGCCCGCAUCCGGAAUCCUCGAGCCCUACUCGUCGUCGCCGGCCUCUCCCUACAGCGCGAAGCAGGGAUCCAUCCGGGCUGUAUUGGGCUUCUCCCGCCGUUCCCUCUCUGGGGGUCAGCUAAGCCGGCAGCCGCGAGAGUCCUCAAGCCGCCGCCAUGUUGUUCUUCUCCUACUUCAAGGAGCUCGUGGGGAAGGAGGUGACGGUGGAACUCAAGAACGACCUGGCGAUUCGCGGGACGCUCCACUCGGUUGACCAGUACCUCAACAUCAAGCUCGAGAACACUCGAGUUGUUGACCAGGACAAGUAUCCUCACAUGCUAUCGGUGCGGAACUGCUUCAUCAGGGGCUCGGUGGUGCGGUACGUGUUGCUCCCGCAGGACGGCGUGGACAUCGACAUCCUCCACGACGCAACCAGGAGGGAGGCGCGCGGAGGCUGAUCAUCGACACGCUCCCCCACAACCGCCCCCUCAUCUGCUUCUCCCCCGACAGGAGCCCUGAUCCGACCUGCGAAACAUGUAAUCCAUCCUGGUGUUAUUAGGACACAUGCUGACUGGCCGUCUCCCCGGUACUUUGCGGUGACAGACAUUCCAGGUCGGGUGACCUGCGUGUUCCUUGUGGGUUGCUAUCAAUGAUGCUGUUUGACCGAACCGGCCCCCCACUGGAUUAGCUGUGAUGUUUCGCCCAUGUUUUUCUAUCUCAAUGGCA